CCAUUAAGGCUGUAAACUGAUCACGGGAAAGGUGCUCCCCAGCUCCCAACAAACGCCAAACACCAGCAUCCAACCAAACCAAACGUUUCAACAACUAACUCCGUAUCCAGACCUUCUGACCAUGGCCGAUUCUUCCGACGACGGCGGAGGCGAUAGCAGUGACAGCGACAGAGAUCUCUUUGACGAGAACAAACGGCGUCAACAUCGACACAGAGCUCGAGAAGAGGCCAUCUAUGGAGUUUUCUACGACGACGACAAUCAUGAUUCGUACACACGCCGUCGAAACCGGAAGGAAGACAGUGGAUUCAAUAUAGCGCCUCAAUUUGUCAAAUCCAACAAAGAUAAGAAUGAGGAUGACGACGACGAUGACAUCUUUGGUUCCAAAAAUAAAGCCGAAGACGAUGACGGUGGCGAUGAUGAAAGCAAUGAAGAGGAGCAGGAAGAGCCAACCGCUCAGCCAACCAAGAUGGAGGAAACAGCUGCCGAAGAGGACGAUACUGAAACCAAGGAAGAUAUCGCAAGAGCCGAGGAACUCCGCAAGAAGCGAGAGGCUGCGGAUGAAUAUUUUGCGAGCCUUUUGAAACGAGGGAAAGGAGAAAAAGAACGCAGACCAUUGAGUAGCACUAUUAAUGCUGCUGAUCGCAGCAAACCACAAUUCGCAGCUGCAUCGUCAUCGGCAGGACUGGGCUUUCACAAGGCAGGUGGCGGUGGCCUCGGUUUCUCGGCUUCGUCGAGAGACGACAAUGAGAAGAAGAAUGAAGAUACAGCACCUCCCAUGUUUGCACCUGCCGGCUUGGGCAUGCAAGGUGGCCUUGGAAUGCCAACAGCGUUUGGUGCCUCCUUUGGUACCAAACAACAACAAAAACCAGAGCCUACCUUUGCCAAAGAUCCCAACCUUGGAACUUGGGAGAAACACACAAAGGGAAUUGGAAUGAAGCUUCUCGCAAAAAUGGGGUACAAGGGGAGUGGUGGCCUCGGAUCUACCCGUCUCAAGAAGAAGACAGUCGUUGUUGACAAGACAGGGGGCAAAGUAGAGGUCGAAGGUCCCGCCAAGAAGGGUAUUUCACGCCCCGUCGAAGUGGUUGUGCGUCCCAAUAACUUGGGAUUGGGAUAUGGAAAUUUCAAAGAAGCCACGAAAUUAAAGAACAAUCAAAAGAUUGAAGCUGAAGUGAGAGGGAUUGAUCUGGAGAAACAAAAGAAGGAAGAAGAGGCUAAAAGGAAGAAAAAGUCUGCAGAAACAGCCAACGGACAAUCAACUAACAACAACCAGAGUUCCGCCUUGCCGAGCGUGCAAGAUAUCAUGCAACAAAAGGCGUGGAAGCGAGGCUCCAAGCAAAGUCAAAAAUCCCGAAAACGACAACGACGGACCGUCAUUCCCUAUAAGGAGCUUCUCAAAAAGCAAGGUGCCGGCUCUUCUGUAGUCAUUGACAUGAGAGGGCCUUCCACCACAGCCCCGACAACACAAAACGACGAUGUCCCCAAAGAAGUGCCCUUGGGAGAAGAGUUACUCCAUAACGUGUCGUUGUUGCUCAACACAUAUGAAAACAAGGUCCAUUCGGGCUCCCACUUUGUCCGCUCUACCAAGCAAAAGGUAGAAAGUCUGCAAUCCGACAUUGCCAGCAUGGAGCAAAGAAUGCAAGAUCAUCGAGAACGUGUCCAGAAACUCAAAAUAGUGCUGCAAACAGUCGACCAAAUUGAAGACAUUGUCAGCAAGACUGCUAGCAGCAGCAAGAACAGCUCUGAGGACAUUCUCAAAGUGCAAUCGUUGGUACGGGAUCUACAAGACUCAUUCACUCCUGCAGAGCUUGCAAGACUGCGAUUCUUUGAAGUGCUGGCUCCCUCGUUGCUAGAACCCAUGAUCCAGGCACGCCUUGAGCACUGGGAUCCUCUUGAAGCCGAUGCAACAAGCAACAGCGACGCCAUGGAUGCCAUUAUUGGUUCUUGCGAGCAAUACCCGUCGUCAAAGUCACAGGAUGCAACAACCAUGAUGCAAACCAUCUUCACGUCACAGUUGCUGCCCAGAGUGAAAAAAGCCCUUGAGUCUUCUCGAUGGGAUCCAGUUCAUGACACAGAAUCUGGAUUGCAGCUCUAUGAAAAUCUUUGUCGUCGAGUUGCUGCCAUUGCUACUCCGCAGCAGCCUCGGAUGAGCGAAGACCGAGAGGAGAAUGAGGGACAGAUCUUUCCAUCCGGACGCGCAGAUGACCAAGAGCAUGACUCAACAGGGCAACUGAAGGAUCUCGUUCAGGAACAGAUUAUCCACAGGGCAGUAUACUCCAGGUUGGCGCGAGCCCUAAGUUACUGGAAACCAAGUUUGGAUCAGUCCGGCACCGCACUGAUGGAUCGCCCCAGUUUGUGGAUACUACCUUGGAUUCCGCAUCUCGAUCACAUUUCGAUCUUGCCGACAUUGCUUUCAGAUUGCAAACGGAAACUCAAGUCGGCCGUUUCGUUCCUCCAUAAGAGCAUUGCUGACGACCAGGCGUUCUGUCGUGCCGUACUGCAAACUGUUGGACCGUGGUGCAGUGUACUCCCCAGGGAUGCGCUACAGUCAUUGGUGUCGACCUCCGUUGUCAUACGGGUUGCGAAAUCUGUCGCAUCGGCAACCUCGAGCGCCUUUCGCAGUGCUGCAACAGAAUCGGGAUGUCCUUCGUUUGAUUGGAGCCUUGUUGACAUGACUCUGGAAUUGCACGCAACUGGGUUGAUUGGGGACAACGAUCUGCUAAGCAUUAUCGAAGGAGAGUUGCUGUCUCGAUGGGUAAAGAGGAUGCAGGCAUGGCUACAUCAAGAGCCGUCGCAGUGGAAGGAGGCAGCCCGAGUGUACAUUGACUGGCGUUGCCGUCUGCUGAGUUUGGCCAACCAAUCGGGCCAAAAGGGAAAGAAUACCAAGUCACACGAAUGCCUUCAACACGACGAGAGCGUCUGCUCCAUAUUUUUUGCUGUAGUCUUGAUGAUACAGGCUGCGGGACAAUCUCAACCCAACAAAAUCGACGAGCUUCGUCCAACGGCUACGAAUUACCGUGCUGUUCUUGCGAGACGGGUACGCGAGGAACGGGAACGUGCAAACGAAGCCUUGCUGCGAAUGGAUGCUACGGGCAUGGCCAAUAGUUCAACCCACAACAUAGAUGUUGAAGCGCGAAUCCGGGCGGCUCAACGCAACAUUGAUGGGCACAUGCCGACCUUUCGUGAAGUGGUUGAAGGGUUUGCCAGCGAGAACAACAUUGUGUUUCAGCCUCGCAUGGGGCCCAAUGCAACCAAAGAUGGCAAACCAAUCUUCCUCUUUGGAAAGACUCCGAUCUACUUGGAGUCUGAUGUGGCUUUUGCUCUUCAAAACUCGGAAUGGAAACCGACCUCACUGGCACAGCUUGCAUCGAUGGCACAAGCUGAAACCAGCUAGAUAGAUAACGGCAUGGUCUGCUGAAAUUCCUGAAACAUUGCGGUUCACCUACCUUCAGUUCUAUUAGUAGCCUGGGUUGCAAAGCACAUCAGCCUGCGCCAUCGUCGAGCAUCUUGAAUGACAAUAGCCACUAGCUAGCCG